AUGAUAAGCCAACAAGAAUACCAACUGUGGCGACAACGAAACAGUCAACAAGAAGAUGGAACAAACAAUACACCACCCCAUUCGGAAGUAGUAGUAGUUAAUCAGGAACAACAAGAAAAUAAUUUUAAUAAUAAUAAUAAUAAUCAUGAAACUAAUAACAGCAAUGUUGGAGUCAUGAUGAUAGUGGACAAUGAUGACAAUAAUUCAUCCUUCUCCUCCUCCUAUCAACCAACACAAAUACAGAAUGAAGAAGGAGGAACACAACCAGUCACAAUUAACAAUUCCGAAGUACCAUUAAUACCACCACCAUCAAUACAUUUGGGUUCAGCAAUUCCUAUCUAUGAUGCAACAUCUCCUUCCAUGAUGGUUGGACAACCUGUCCCUGUAGUAACACCUCAGCAAGCUUCUAUCAUUUCAUAUCUGGCACCAGCUAUGAAUUAUGAAAAGGCUCCAAUUUAUUCAAUACCAGAAACUAAAUAUACAAUGGUAUUAUUUCCUGGAAGAGUGAAAAAUGUUUCGAAUGCCAUUCAAAUGCUCGGAGGAAUGAAAAGUAUUCAGAAAUUACACAAAAAGUCACCACCUCCACCAUCUCAAACAAUAGCAAAUGGUAAAAAUUCGAAAGAACAAGAAGCACCAAAUUCUGAUUCUAAAUUUUUGGAAUGUAGAUUUAGACCUGGCAAUUUUAUGAGUUGUCAUCCAGUUUAUGGUGAUGCCACUUCAACAAAUAAUUUACUCGUUCGAAUCAGAAGAAAGAAAGUUAAAAAAGUUAUUGGAGAUAAGGUAGUCACGAGGUAUGACUCAUCAAAUUCGGAAAUUAGUGUUAUUGGAACUAUUUCAAAAACUGUGAAUUUUAAAGGAAUGUCUGAUUUUCAAUAUAUUCAACCAAAAUAUGUCGAUUUGGAUCAAUCUAUGGAUGAUGAUCAAAAUGGAACUGAAAAUGCUGCUAGCAAUAAUUUUUCGAAUAUUGGAGAUGAAGGAGAUGAAAUGCACACAGAUGAUGUCAAUUCUAACAAGUCAUCGACAGCUUUAAACCAAGAUGCACGUAACUCACAACAAAGAAGUAUUUAUUAUUCUGAUGAAUUGUCAGAAGCCACCUCGACGGUUUUUCUUUCUAGAGCAUCAUUGGAGCAUCCUCAUACAGGAAAGAAUACCAAACAUCAUAAGGCAAUGCUAGAUUUACCUCCACCAAUAUUCUCACGUUUUGACAUGCCAAUGGAUUAUGCCUUUAAGCAAAAUCCACUUUCAGAGGUCGUACCAAUCGUUUCUCACGAUGGUAGCUCCAAUUUUAAGAGAUUAAUUAAGAAAAAUAAGCAAUACGUUCCUCAUUGUGUUGAAAUUAACUUUGAAGAUGAAGUUCCAACAGGUCCACCUCCAGAUAUUGUCAAUGCUAAAGAUAAGGAAUUGUACACUGAUAUGGAAAAGAAAUUGAGAAAAUUAUUUGGUUAUCCUGACAAUGAAAAUGAAGAAUCAGCAAUUGACAAUUUAUCUGAUUCAAAGAGUAGAAAAAUCAGACCAAUGUGGUCCAGAAGUGCCAUUACAAGUAAGUUUGAAGGUAGAAAGGAUAGAUGGAAACUCAGAAUGGUACUUCCAAGAAUUGCCUAUCACUACAAGAGUGGUCCUUGGAGAAUGUUAUGGGUGCGAUAUGGUUACGACCCUAAAAAAGAUGUGGGUGCUGCCUAUUAUCAAAUGUUAGAUUUUAGAAUUCCUCAAGAGUUGAGACCAAAAAUCAAUGCAUUGGCAGGUAAAAAGAAGGAUGACGAAAUGGAAACAAACAAAUUCAGACGUCUUCCAAAGAGAAGAACUGAUUUACACAUUGACUUGCAUGAUUACUUGUAUUCAGGACAAAAUAAGGACCAGCCAAACAAUGAAAAUGAAAACGUGGCACCAAAUGCAACCUCUUCAGUUUUGAGUACCAAUGCAAACACGAAUCAAGGUGAAAAUGAUGACAAUGCUUCAUAUGAAUUUAAUUCAGUACCAACACAAAUUCAAGUGUUUUAUCAAUUGUGUGAUAUUAGAUUAUCAUCUGCACAAAAUAUUAUUAUGGCAGAAAAGGACGAAAAGAUACCAAUAACCUAUGGUGUACUUUUGGGCAUCAAAUCAGGUGAAGAACUAGGAUUGAGAGAGUAUGUGUGGAAUCAAAAUGCAGAAUGUGAUCCAAAAUCAGGUUGGUACUCCCAUCAUGCACUUGAACAAGUUCGUCACAUUAUGAAGAAGAAGAUUGAGGAAUGGCUUGAGAUUGGUGAAGAGAAUGAUAAUGAAAUUCUCUCAGAUACCGAAGAUGAGAAUGAGCCAGAAAGACAAGAAGUAACUCAAACAGAAAAUAGAGAAGCUACUCAAACAGAAGCCACCUUAACUGAUGAUGAAAUGAGAGACGAAGAAGAAGAUUUAUUUAUUGGAGCUACAACUCAGUAACAUAUUGAUCUAAUUUAUUAAAAAAUCAAUCUAGGAAA